AGAAGAAGAGCCCGAGUUCCCUCUCUUGUUGUGCGGGGCUAACGCGGCUAACUGCUACCGCCAGGCGCCGGCGAGCCAGCCCGGCUGUCGAUGUCUGUCCGAACCACCCUGGGAAAGCUGUUGAAUGGUUUAGUGUUUUUUUUCUGCAAAUGAUCUGACUCGAUUUCACCUCGGAUUGGCGGUGUUCCCCAGGCCUGUACGUCAGCAGUGAUCCCACGUCUGGGCCCAGCCCCACCAUGAAGAGAGGGAGUCAAAUCCUGAAGAACAUCCUGCGUGAUGCCGCAGGAGCAGACCAGGCAAAUGGCAAAUACUUCUGCUUCAGCUGCGAGCAGAUGUUCGACAGUCGGAAAUUUCUGGAGGAACACGUGUGUUCUUCUGCGAGUUUCAUCUGCUCCUGUGGAACCGAGUUUACUGACUACAGAGACAUGAAGGAGCACAGCACCACACACGAGCCAGGGCACCAAGUGCUUGAUCACGUCACAAUAAAGAAGCGCAGACUCGACAAGCUCAAAGCAGAGCAGGAACAGCUUUUGAAAUUGCAGACAGGUGGGGCACCGAAUAUGGGCAAUGCAUCAUCCUUAUUGCUGGUGAGGCCCGGCCUGCAAGUACCCCAUACUUCUGCUCUUUUGUCACAAGUUCCUGUGCAGACUGUGCAAAUUCCACAAGUGCCUCAGUUGAAUCCUGCUUUAUCACAACCAGCUUUGCAUUCAAAUUCUAUAGCAAACGGCAUGAAAAGUGUUUUUGCAGGUGUUGGUGCACCAACAGUGGAUCUUUGGACUCUCUAUCAACCAGUUGUAAUAUUGGAAACGGAUGACAAUUUAAAAAAGAAAAAGCUAUACACUUGUGCUAAAUGUGAGCAGGGGUUUAUGUCAAAGUCUGCUCUGAUUACCCACCACAGCUUGCAUGUCUCAGAUAAAAUAUCUGGGUGCAUAGGAUGUGGGAUGCUGCUCUCUAGCAAAAAAAUGGUCCCUCGCUACCAUUCUUGUAACGCCCCAAACAAUCCGACCAAAUGCAAAAUCGUCACAGCAAAACCUCUGAAUUACAAGCCACCAAUUGAAGCCCCUAGACAGAAUCCACUUCAGGCAACAUCUUUGCAACAGUUAGAAAACAAGAAUCCCAGUAAAGGUGGGCAGACAUUUCACAAUACUCCCAUCCUAAAAUCCCAAAAUCUGUUCAUCAGAACAUACGAUGCAAAUGGAAUUCGUGUCGCUAUACCGCUGCAGACACAAACUCAGAAUCCCAGUGCAAUCCAAAUUUUGAGUGGUGUCACCCAGCCAUCAAAGGUUCAAAACCUUUAUGUCUCUAAUCAGAGCAAUCAGAAGUUUCCUAUCGCUCGGCAAAAGAUCUUACCUAAAAAAUCUAUAGAGACUCCAAGAGGAAGUGAUUUCAGAUGCCGCGUCUGUCAACUUCUCUUUGAAAGCCCUCAGCAGCUUCAGAGACACAAGUGUGUCAAAGCCCGGGAAUUCAUGGCAAAGCACAUGGCAUCUGGUAAACAGAUUUGCAGGCUGAAUACGGUGACGCCAGUAAUUGCCCCAAGCUCAGCUCAGAUGAACGGGCAGACAAAUCUGGGAUUUUCACCCUCUGGCUCAAAGACAAGCCAGUUUGUGGCUCUCAAUCUGGAGAAUGGGAAAGUAGGGGUUUCUGUCAAUGGAGCGAUGGAAGUUGUUGGUAGUGAUGAUGAUGAGGAUUGCUACAUUGUAGAGAGUGGACCAGAGAAACCUGCUGAGAUGAUCUACCAAGUAACUUCAUCGGUUCCCAUCAAAACCUGACAGUCUCAUGAGGCACACCCAGUUUGCAUGUCACCUUUUGUUAUGGACCAAGCGCACACACGCAGCAGUCUUGUGGCUGAAUGGCAUCAACAUGGUUUUGUCACACAGGAACACAAUGCUUCCUGGCUUUCUCCAAACUGCUUUAUAAGAUAGAGAAUACAGUAUAUAAAAUGUGUAUUUUAUUCAAGUGGAUGUUUUUUGUUAGUAAAUAUGAACUCCUGAUUUUGAAUUUGUUACCUGGGAAAUUGAAGUUGAAAAUGUCAUCCCAACAUAUUUACAUAGUUUAGCCAUGUUUGGAUAUCUGGACACUGUAUAAUAGUCUUUCUUUUGUUUGUUGUCUUAAUCACAUUUUUAGGAAGGUGGGAACAUGUGGAUCUGUGGGACUUGGUCACCAUGCCUUUUGUGUUUUUAGCUGCUUUGUUGGCUUUUAUCCAUACAGUUCAUGAUGUAUUAAAGUAUAUUUUCAAACUGACUGUUCAUGGGGAAAUAUGUCUUGUUAUUAUGUUUAUUUAGGUGGUAAACGAAUAGCUGACAGUGCUUUGAACCUGCCUACAAUUUAAUAAACGUUACUGAUGGUUUAA